UUCUGAUUCCCUUCUCUUCUUAAACUCUCCAUAUCAUUCUUCUACUUCUUUCUACUACCUAUAAAACUACAUAUACACUCACUUUUCCUUUACUCACUCGCUCGCUCAUAUUCAUAUUCUUUGGAUUCUUUGGAGAUCUGAAUAUAUCAGAUCUUUGAGGCCAAUCCAUUAUCAACAACAAAUGGCUCAACUCAUGUAUUACUUCAGUUUUAGAAAGGUACUUCUUCUUUAUCUAGUUUUCUUCCUUUUUGCCUCUGUUUUUCUAUGUGCUUGGUCGGACCCUUUUCAAAGCUCACAUUUUGGUGGUAGAAGAAGGAAAAUGUUACGAGUAGAAAGUGGUAGUGGUGACGAUGAUAGUGAAGAGAAAAUUAUAAAGGCCAAGAAAAAAAUACCAGAUACCCUUUCUUCCAAAAACCAAACCAACCCUAUUAAAACCAGCCUUUCAUCCAAAAAUCAGACCAAACUCGCCAAAACCUCAAACCAAUCAAGCAAGAACCAAACCAAGACUAGUAAAACUACUAGCACCAUUGUCUUGCCCACCAAGUUUAAUGAGCUCAAGAAGCUAAAUUCCACUACUUCCAAGAUCAAGCAGUUGAAUUCCACCAAGCCCAGUUCAGUAACUUCCACCAAAAAAAGCGUAGAUCUAACCAAAACAAGCUCACCCAAGAACAAAACAACAAAACCUACUCCCACAACCACAACUAAGAAACCCCAAAACACACAUACUAACGACCUGAAUUCUCAUUUGGGCAAGAUCGAAUCCGUAAAGAAAAACAACCAAGAACAAAAACCCAAUAAGCAGAAGAUUGCGAAGAAACAAACUGUAGUACAACCCAGUUGGAUCGACGAUGAGGACGACGGAGAUUUGGUCUCUGAAUUCUCCGAUUUGCCCAUGAAGUUCCAAAAAACUCUGAUUCCAGACCUUGAGAGAAUCUCCACCACUUCCAAAGCUUACCUAAACAUAGCCAAUAAAGAAAUCACAAAAGGGUUUAAGCCCUGGGUGGGUAACAAGUACGCCCCCACCAUAGCUUCGGUGGUCUCGUUCGCAUUCAUACUAAUCCCUCUUCUGCUAGUCUCUCUCAUCUUCAACCGUAUAAAAGCUUAUUUCUCUCUCCAAAAGCUUCUCAUCUUCAUACAAGUCUACCUCUCCAUCUACUUCGCCAUUCUCAGUCUCUCGGCCAUCAUCACCGGGCUCGAGCCAUUGAAGUUUUUCUACGCUACUUCACAGUCCACCUACGUCUGCAUACAGGUGCUCCAAACGCUGGGUUACGUACUGUACCUUCUGAUGCUGUUGAUGUACCUGAUCCUGGUGUUCUCCACUGAGUGUGGGCUGGGGUCGAAGAUGUUGGGCCUGGCCCAGACCUUUGUGGGCUUUGCUGUUGGGCUUCAUUACUACGUAGCGGUGUUUCACAGGGUGGUCUUGCGUCAGCCGCCCAAGACCAAUUGGAAGGUCCACGCGAUUUACGCCACGUGUUUCUUUUUGAUCUGUUUGGGUGCCAAUGCCGAGAGGAGGAAGAAGGCUUACUUGGUUGAUGGCGGUGAAGAGGGAAAGAAGAGUUAAAUUAUUCAUUGUAAUUUAUUUAUAAUAAGGAUCUGGUGGUCCAAACACUACCGUAAGGCCCCUGUUCUCCACCAAUAAGAUUCUUCUCCUAUACGUAAAGUAGAAUAUGAUAAGGAAUAUUAAAUGGAGUUAUUAUUGUCUGCUUAUAUAUUCGUUGGUGAGGUGACCAGCUUUCAAUUCA